AUGCUCGUGGACUGUUUGGCCAAGGGCGAGGGAACACUCCAGAUAUAUGUCGAGCUUUUGGAUUGCAAGAAUGUUGGCGACCUGCUGAAGAAAACGAUGAAGUUCACGCUGCCGUAUAUGGUUCGGGGAAAGUUGACUACUGUUCUCGUGGAAGCAGCUAGGCUGGUUGAGCAAGAAGACGUUCCGGAACUGCUAGUGGAGAAUAUGCAUUACAUUUUAGAAUUUAUAUUUAUGAAAAAGAUUAGUGAUACGGAGGUAGCAGAUAUAAUGAACUUUAUUACCCAGCAGCUUAAUAAUCACUCGAACAAAGACACAAGAAGGGCCACCGUGCGCGAUCUGCUAAAUUGUCAGCUGAGAAACCUUUUGAAGUUGCUUUUUUUAAGGAAAAAAGAAGAGGUUCGCUGGGUGUUUGACUAUCUGUGCUCGAGCCUAUCGACCGAUGGAAAGCUCUCCACUUUCCUUCGAGAUCACUUAUUGGCCAUAAUGGCGUUUUUUAACGCUCAGCUACUGCACACUACCCUCUCUGCCCACGAGAAGCAGAAGGUGCUGAAUGGCUUGAUAUCGCUUAUGGAGAUGAUCUCACCAGAGCAUCUCUACGGGAUUCGUGCGAAAGCCACUGCCAUUCUCAGGCUCGCCAUGCAGUCCUGCCCCUUGUCAAGAACCGCCUUGCAAGGUUGGGCCAUACUUAUAAGGAAGCUUCCGGCUAACCAUCUUGGACCAAUGUUGAGCAAUCUUGUCUAUGUCACUCUCGGUUUGGUUGACGCGUUCCCACAAGAAGUCGUGGCUAUCCUGCGCUAUCUUAUUGUUGAGAACGCUGAAUUCUAUCCAGAAUAUCUAAGGAAUAUAUAUUUUCUUCCGGAACUUCCUUGCCUGCAGGAGCUCAAUGCUUACUUGCGUCAGCACCUACCUGCGCGCCCUUUUCAACAGGAGCUUGGAGACCUCGUUGAGGAAAAUCGAGGCAUUACGAACGAGAGCCUUACUGUGAGAAUUGCUGCUCUCCGGCAUUUGAAGUCGCUUCUGCAUCAACACGUGGACGAACUUAGCUAUUUGGUUCGGGAUGACAAAACCACCCAUCUCGUCUCCACCGCAGUUAAGCGCCUUUUUGACUCCACGUUUGAAAAAGACAAGACAGCCAGACUCCUUGUGGCCGAAUGCCUCGGCGAAUUGGGGGCUAUUGAUCCGGCAAAGCUGAGCGAUAGCGCCCCCUGCGACAGACGAAUGCGUCUUAAAUCCUCACCCGAAUGCACAUCUUCUCCCUUGGAGGAGGCCCUUGAGAAUGCUGUGGAGUUUGCCAUGCGUUUAAUCAGUGACUUUCUGGUGCCCUCGUUUCUGGCCGCGGAAGACACACAGAAGCAAGACCGUGCCGCAUACGUUAUUCAAGAGUUUCUGCGCUUCUGCGCUUUCAAUCCCGAGCUUCCUCUGGAAGGGCCCGUUGACGAAUCGGUUUCGAGUGUUAACUGGAUGAAGUUUUCUAAGGGGGUUCGAGAGAUUAUCCAUCCAUACCUCAAGUCGGAAUACGGUUUUACCGGUUCAAAGAAAGCAGCUAUUCCCGGAGUGGUGUUUAGAGUGGGGCUUAGUUUUGAUCAAUGGAUAUCCGCAUGGACUGUGGGGUUGAUUAGCCUGGUUACUGGAAGAUUUCAAGCAAUUCUGGAUCCAUGCAAGACAGUCGUGAAAGAUGACGUAACGCUAGCCAUCCACCUGCUCCCGCAUGCCGUACUGAAUAUCCUCCUCCAGAAGGAUGAGGCUCUAGCCGACCAAGUACUUAAUGAGGUUAAUACGGUGCUUACGGCUGCCGAAGCAUGCGCAACGUUGCCAGAUAUAGUCUACAAAAGCUCGCUUACAGUGUUUUCGAUGAUUGACCAGCUCACCCAUUGGCUAAGGCUCAAAUUAACUGCGAACUUCAAGUUAUUGGAAACAGACGAAGCAUUGCGUGGCGUGCACUCAUUUUUGAAAGGGAUCCCUAACAAACUGCUGGCUGAUGUUGCCUUCCGGUGCAAUGCCUUCGAUCGCGCACUGUAUUACUUUGAAUCCUUUCUCCGUCUCGAGAGAAAAACUUCUUCCGAAAGUACUACUACCGCAGAACUGUUCGACCAGCAUUUGGCGUUUCUGCACAAGAUCUACGGGUCCAUUGGCUCUGCGGAAGCCAUGGCUGGCGUUUCUGCCAUCCGCCUUUCUUAUAACGUGAAUGAUGAGAUACUUGACCUUGAGGCCGCUAAUCGCUGGUCCUACGCUCUUUCUUUUUAUUCUAAAGAAGCAUUUGACAACCCUAACGCUUUGUCCGCCAGAAAAGGGCUUCUUCGCUGUCACAUCAACUUAUCUAAUUAUGAGACCAUCAUUUCGUACGUUAAUGAUGUUGAGGUUCGGCAACCUGAACUUCUUGGCGCUUUGAACCAUUUUAGAGUCCACGCAGCGUGGCGCUUGGGUGAUUGGUCUGCGCUAGAGCGGUCUUUAGCUGCACCUUGCUGCGACAGUUUUGAGGUCGACGUUGGCCGCAUCUUGAUGGCCGCGCGGCUUCAAGAGCAUGAUGCCUUCAACAAGGAGCUAUGCAAUGCGCGUAGCAAGAUAAUUCAAACGCUAUCUGCUAUAGCCAUGGAAACAGGGCGCUACGAGCGAGCAUACGGGUCAGUUGUCCAUCUACACAUCCUGCAGGGGAUAGAGAGCGUUGCGUCCAAGUUGUUAUUUUUGGAACCGAAAAGUUUGAUGAGGGAAAUAAAUAACAACUGGAAGAAGCUUGAGUUAACAAAGCGCUCUUUCGAAGUUCGCGAAUCACUUUUGACUGUGCAUCGGGCCCUUCUACAACUCGUGCUUCUCCGCUUUAGCACGACUUCCUCUCUGGCUUCUGAUAUAAAUACAGAAGUAGCAGAAAAUCUGACGAACUUGUGCGACGGCCAGCUUGCAAAGAGCUGGAUUCAGAACAUGAAGCUUGCUCGUAAAGCAGGGGCCUACGAGACUGCGUUUAAGUGCUCUUUGCACAAAGAAUUUUUGGUUAGCGGGAGUGUUGGCGAUGAGGAUGAGCUCGAACUUGAGCUUGAGAAGGCCAAACUGCUGUGGUCCCAGGGGUACCAGAACGACGCCUUGCUAGAGCUGCUGCAGUUCCAGCGUCGAUCCCAGACCGAUACGCUUAACGUCUCUGACUCCACUGAGCCAUGUUCCAACUCCAUGCCGGGCACUAUUGAGCCGCGCGAGCCUGCUGUUUGCUGCGAUCAUAAACAGGCCAAUGAGAUGAGAAUGCAACUGCUCGUUGCCAAAUGGAUGGUGCAAACUGGUCACUACCAGAAUCACGUGAUUGAUCAGUUCAAGGAGGUUAUCUCUCAAAAGAGUUUUCUAAAUGAAAAAGUUUGGUUCAGAUUUGGCAAAUACUACGACUCAAUGGGCGAACCUUAUGUUCUUCACGUUGUGGAGAAUUUUGGACGCUCUUUGUUAUAUGGCAUCAAGUACUUGUUUCAGACUUUGCCUAGACUUCUUACUUUGUGGCUGGACUAUACCAAAGGCUUUCCUAAGUCGCAGGAAAACAUGAAAGCUAACAGCUCUGACGGGGCGCAGAAAGAACUCUACGAGAGAGACGUCAACUCCCUUAAUGCGUACAUGAAGAAGUGGGUGAAGCAGAUUCCUCCCUUCAUAUUCUACACUGCUUUUUCCCAGUUACUCUCUCGCAUUUGCCACACCAACAGCAAAGUUUACCAAAUCAUAGAGUCCAUCAUUCUCAAAGUGUUAAUCUCUUAUCCCGAUCAGGGGUUGUGGGCCAUAUCUCACAUGUCCGUGUCAUCCAUUCCUAUUCGUCAGACUCGUUGCACAGCAAUUUUAAACAAAUUAUGUCUUCGGGACAGCGGAAGGGACAGCGGGCUUAGUGAGCUGGUUAAGGAACACAAAUCACUGAGGCUCCUGUUAGUAGAGCUCUGCAACCGCUCCAUAGCGAAGAACGAAAGCAAAAUUUCCAUAGAAAAAGACUUCCGCAAACUUCUCCGCAUUACUCCACUGCGCGUGAUAAUUCCUCUUCAGCGGUUCCUCAUCGGCACUUUGCCUCCUCCAACGUCGAGUGACUUCAAAGAGCACCACCCAUUUCCUUUGAGCCCCCCCCGAAUUUUCUCUUUUAAAGAUUCCGUGGAAGUUUUGAAUUCUCUUCAGAGGCCCAAAAAGAUUACCGUUAUUGGGGACGAUGGCAUGGAAUAUGUUUUUCUAUGCAAGCCCAAAGAUGAUUUACGCAAAGACCAAAGAAUCAUGGAGUUCUUCUCAACAGUCAACACAAUACUAAACAAGUACUCAGAAUCAAGAUUACGUUGUUUGCGCAUUCGUACUUAUGCCGUUGUUGUUCUCAACGAAGAGUGCGGUAUGUUAGAGUGGGUUCACCAUACGGAGCGACUCCGCCAGAUACUGAACAACAUUUACGAGUCAAGGGAUGCUACGUUUACUAGUAGAGUGCGUAAAGAAAUCAAAACUUAUUUUUCACUAAAAUCUGAACAGCGACUCAGCGUAACCACGAUGCUUCCUUUUUUAACAAAUCUGAUAAAACUUCACUAUCCCGCCUUGUUCGAGUGGUUCUUGCUCAAGUUUCCGGACCCCUCCACGUGGUAUGCCAGCCGUGUUGCCUACACGAACAGCGUCAGCCUGAUGUCUAUGGUUGGCUACGUUGUGGGGCUGGGCGAUAGACAUGGAGAAAACCUCCUUGUCGACUCGACUACCGGAGAAUGCGUUCACGUGGAUUUUAACUGCCUCUUUGAGAAAGGAAAGACUCUGCCUCUUCCCGAGAGGGUACCAUUCCGCUUGACUCACAAUAUGAUUGAUGCGUUGGGUAUAACCGGCUAUGAAGGUCUCUUUCGGAAAACGUGCCAGCUCACACUAAAAGUCCUUAGAAAUGAAAAAAGUUCUCUCGUCAAUAUGCUCGCUCCUUUUGUAUACGAUCCAGUUGGGGACUGCGACUCUUCUAAAAUUAUCAAAACCGUUGAAAAUAAGCUCCAGGGGAAGCUGGCAGACAACGGUUUGCCCCUCUCUACCGAAGGACAGGUCCACCGGCUUAUACAGGAAGCUACAGAUCUGAGGAACUUAUGCAUCAUGUACAUCGGCUGGGCAGCUUACAUGUAAAAAAAAAGUUAAAAAAAAACCUUCCGGGGCUUUUUGCGCUUAACUUAAAAAGUUUUGUAAUCUAUUAGCUUUAGCCAAAUAAAUCGUACUUUUUGGAUUGUAGUAGCUCGACUUAACCUUGUAGGUCUCCCGAACUGCUUGUUGUUUUCUACAGACUACUUAUA